ACAGGGAUGUGCUGCGCGGCCGGUCACGGCUGCAUGUGGUGCCACCGAUAAGGAGCUUUUGUGCCUUAUCACACCCCUCCAACCCCUCCAAAAGGCUGAAGAGCGAACCUCUUUCACACUGGACGGCCAUGUCAUUCGUGAAGAGAAAUACCGUGCUCUCAGCACGGCAAGGGCGGCCGCCCCCUCAGGCGAACCCGACGGCGGAGAAACCGCAGCUUCAAGUUGCGCCAGGAAUCAGACCGUCGCCUUUGGAUGGCAGGCCCACCACAUCGACGGGGACGUCAUCACUCGACCAACUCCUCGCCGGACAUGGCGGGCUACCAUUAGGCUCAUGUCUGUUGAUCGAAGAACAGGGCACCACCGAUUUUGCCGGUGUUCUUCUACGAUACUAUGCCGCUCAGGGAUUGGUACAAGGACACCACGUGCACGUUGUCGGCUUUCCCCCAGAAUGGAGGCACCAACUUCCUGGUGUGGCGACUCUGGAUGGCAAGACCAAGGCUACUCAGCCAGCACCGGCCCCCGAGGAGAAGAUGAAGAUCGCUUGGAGAUAUGAGGCGCUGGGACAAGCAGCUGGACCAGGAGCGGCUACCCGAGGAGACGCAGGCCAGGGGACAUUCUGCCACUCGUUCGACCUCACCAAGCGCCUGUCGCCAAGCUCAUGUAAAGGGACGCUGCAUCCCACCCCCAGCACAUGCCCACCACUUCUCGACCAAGGCAUCCACGCCGCCCCAGUGUCUCCCUUUAAGACAAUCAUCAAACAUCUACACGCCAAACUCUCAAGUUCCCCGCCAGCAGACAUUCAUCGGGUCGUUGUCCCCGGCCUCCUCCUUCCAGCGCUCUACCCCCCACAAUGCGCCCAGCCAUCCGAAGUCCUCCAGUUCCUCCACGGCCUACGAUCUCUACUCCGACAGUACUCCACACAACUCACAGCAAUCAUCACGCUGCCGAACUCCCUCUUCCCACGAUCUUCUGGCUUGGUCCGAUGGAUGGAACUUCUCUGCGACGGCGUCAUCGAGUUAAUCCCGCUUCCGGCGAAUCCCAGCGCUCCACCUCCUUGCCCUGCUUCGUCGGCAUCCGGAUCCAGCGCUUCCGAGAAGGGUGACCAAGCCCAGGGUCUUCUCAAGGUCCAUACACUGCCUGUGUAUCACGAGAAGGGCGGCGGCAGUGACGCUGGGGCGAACUCGUUCCGAGAGACGCUGUCGUUUAGUUUGAGUGCGUCGCGGGGCUUGGUGAUCAAGCCCUAUAGUCUGCCACCGUUGGAGGGGGAUGGAGAAGAGGAGACGAAGAAGGGUGGUGGGGAGAAAGGGGGGAUUGAUUUCUGAAUGGGUUGUCGGCUUGAACCCCGGCGUGAACCGAACUUCUGACCAUCAUACAGCCAGACGUCAUGGGGCUUGGCUACCUACUAUGGAAUGUAAGCUCUGGGGAUGCGCCUUCUAUGGGUGGAAAUAAGGCCGCUACUAGAUGGUUGGGGCACAACAACUUGUGGAAUAGAGGUUGUUCCUGGCCGUCGAACCCUCGGAGCUUGGUUUGGUGGCACGAACAUAUCAGAGAAGUGACGGGAUCUCACGAUCACGACACAAAUCUUGGACGCCUCGCCCCCAUGACCUGAAACUUCUGUAAAAGGAGGGUGAUGCUCCACGAAUGUAUCCCGGAGUAAUAACCCUUGUAGUUGUAAGAUUACGGUAUUGGCGCGUAACAAUUGAACAGACCCACAACAAACCGUAUGUGGGGCACGAACUGGACCUGACCCAGCAAUAAAUUUUC